GAGCCCAUGACCCGGUUCCAGCAGCGGCUUUAACUCACACCCAGCGGCCCGGCACCGGAGCUUCUACCCGUUCCUCCCAUCCCGUGGUUUCGGAAGGCUGCAGCACCAUGGUGGAGCAGUCGGAUCGCGCCCCGCUGCUGGACUGGGAGGAGAUCCCGCCGCCCGACCAGAACCAGAACCAGGCGGCCCAGCCCCCGCAAGAGGAACGCACCGCGGCGGAGAAAAGUUCGCGGGUCGCCGCCGUCCCCACCGCCGUCACCUACAGCCCGACUCGGAACGUAACAGCUGUCGUCGUCAGCAGGGACCGAAUCCGUCCGGACCUCGUCGGUAUAGACCGGAACCUCCCCUUCCCGAACAUCACGGCGAGGGAUGAUUGGGGGGAGCAGGACCGGAUCGUGUCUGUGUUUGUGGUGACUUUCGAUACGAGAUCUGGAAAUCUGGUGGAGUGGUUCCUGCCUCAUGACAUCAACCUCGAUGGAGUUGAGUUCAAGUCCAUGGCGAGUGGCUCCCAUCGCGUCACCAGUGACUUCAUAUAUUUCCGUAAAGGCAACUUCUUCGGGCUGGCCUGCUUCGCAAACAUGCCUGUGGAGAGUGAGCUGGAGCGAGGAGCCAGGAUGAAGUCCGUGGGAAUUCUGUCUCCGUCCUACACUCUGCUUUACCGCUACAUGCACUUCCUGGAGAAUCAAGUCCGACACCAGCUCCAGUGCCCAGGCCAGUAUUCUCCCCUGGAGGCCUUCUACGAGGAUAAGAAAGCCGUUCUGCCCCCUACAGGAACCGGUUUGGUCACAUCAUGCCCCACCUGGACCGUUGCUUCCAUAAACCGCUGCAUGCAUCCUGAGAUGAAGAUCACCCACCCGGCCGGCUGCAUGUCCCAGUUCAUCCAGUUCUUCGGGGAGCAAAUAAUGGUGCUGUGGAAGUUUGUGCUGCUUCGGAAACGUAUUGUCAUCUUCUCGCCCCCGCCCAUAGGUGUGGUCUGCUACAGAGUGUACUGCUGCUGUUGCCUGGCCAACGUCUCUAUUCCAGGAAUCGGAGUGUCUGUGCCCGAGCUGAGACCUUUCUUUUACGUCAACAUCGCUGACAUCAGUGCCCUGGAAACAGAGCUGUGUUACGUGGCUUGCACCACAGAGAAGAUCUUUGAAGACAAGAAGGAGCUGUACGACGUCUACAUCGACAACCAGAACGUGAAGUCUCACCGAAGCCACCUGCAGCCGCUGCUCAGGCUGAAUGCAGCAGAUAAGGAGAAGUACAGGAAACUGAGUGAACAGAGGCAAAUGCUGCUGUACUCUCAGGAGGUGGAGCCAGACUGCACAUCGAAUGAGGAGGACCUGUUCAUUCUGUUCUUCAUGGAGAUGAAUAAUCGGAUCUUUCAGACCCUCUCGGAGGUGGCCGGGAGUGCUGAGCCCACCCUCACAGCGGACCACGUGAGGGCCAUGGGGCUGGAUCCUCAGGGGGACCGCUCCUUCCUGCUGGACCUGUUGGACGUGUACGGUAUCGAUGUCGGACUCGUCAUAGACAACCUCUGCUGUUCGUGAACCAUCCCAACUGUGGGAAAACUUGGAUUCCAGUGGAUUCUUUGAGCCCAUGAGGCCCACAAAUGCCUAAAACACUGCCUCCAUCGUGCAACUGCAUCUGUUGUCUGCUCUUCUCUGACUCGUGGCGUCCCGGUGUCUCUGACUCGUGGAGUCCCGGUGUCUGCUCUCGGACGAUCCUGCUGGGAAGUUGGGAGAUCUUGUUCUUUUCCAAGUCUGAUGUCCUCUGCUGUUUGCGUUUCCGUCUCUUUGUGUGGAUUCUGAUUGAAAUCCCGUCAGGAUGAUUUAGUUCCUCAUUGCACUUGUCUCGACACGGACGCCACCGACACGCCACAGUCCUGCAGCUCCAGUGUUCACCACUUCAGCUGAAGAAAGGAAUGUGAUCUGGAAAAGUUUCUACUACUGGGAAUUUCUAUCUGUGCUUGGAAUAUCGGGAAAAUCACAGGCGCUCAGACUCUGGAUGUUUCUUGUUCUGGUGAAUCUACUUCCUGAAGCUUCUUUAUUUUCCUCUCAGGAAGGAAGCAGUGGGAAUGGUGGAAGUGUUCCGAGUUUGUGAUGAGAGGAAAUGACCUCACGCUGGAAUUAGGGAAGAAAAGCAGCUGUUUUCUUUACGCUUGAAGCGCUGAGAGGUGGGUGUUCUCUGGACAUGAAUGAACAUUUUGUUUUUUCCGUUUUUAUGGUCGGUCGACAUUUCAGUGGGAAUUCUGCACCGUGCAUCACUGUUCCUCCGUGCACACCGUCAUGCUUAACUGUAAAACGGGAAGAACGGCGACUGCCUGAUGGAGCGGUUUGUACCUGACCAAGAAAAAACCCGAUCGCUCUGCUUUUCCUGGACAAACGUGUUUUUGUUGAUGAUGGCUGAGAAGAAGCUUUAACUCUCAGCAGAAAGGACCGUUUCUGUUCCACCGGUCCUUUCAGGGCGACCCGUUGGGCCGGGCCAGCUGUGACCUCCUGGAUGCUGCUGGCUGAGUUCGGCGGCUGCUCAUCACAUCAGUCAUGGAAAUAAUUUGUUCCAUGUUGGAACACACAAGGCCGAUUAUCAGCUUAGCCAAAAUCUGCUGAUCUCAACCUUUCUGUGGUCCCAGACGGAGAUCCAAACAUCCUUUUGAAUGACUUCAUAGUAUUUCUGUCAUUGUUGUAAUCAAAUACGCCGUUGUGGGGUUCAUCAUCAGACUAUUAUUAUUAUUGAAUACAUGACCAGAUCUGUUUUGGUGUCAGACGUUAAGAAUAAAAUGCACUAAGUCCUGUAGUGACAGAAAGAGGCGCUAAGCUUUAUUUUUUAAUAUGGGGCCUUAAAAAUGUGACGUUUUCAAGUUUCUAGCAAAAUAACUGAUUUUAUUUCUGUUUGUAUUUUCACGUAUGCACUUGUGAAAACGGUGAACUGUAAUCCCUCAGCAGAUGUUUGCGUCUAAAGUAAAAACUAGAGGAAUGUACACACACACGCCUGCACACAACGCCUUCUGGGUGGGAGUCUUCACCGAGGUGCACCAGCGUCGGCUAAAAUAACUGCUGAAUGUCCUGUUUCACACACGCAGCAACGCAUCUGAGAUCUCAGAUGAAUCCUCACCUCUAAUGUGAAAACCUGUGAGACGUCAGCUAUGUACACACAACUCAACAGCAUGAGCAAAUGUCCGUUUGUAAAACAAUAAAACACUGAUCCUG